CCAAGGUCCAAUGACACAACCCCGCCUUCAACAAGGCUGAAAUAUGUCUGGGUGCGGCCUGGUUCGCAGACAAAACACCUUUACACUCAUGCCAUCGCUCCGAAGAAUACGGAUGCCAUGGCAAAUGUCCACACCUAUGAAACCAAACCACCGGCUAUUAUAUAUGGCACAGCGUGGCAGGGAUCCGGAAUGAAGCCUCUCACCUGUUCGGCAAUUUCUGCUGGUAUAUAUGGGUUUGAUACGGCUGAACAACAAAAAAACUAUUCCCAAGCCCUUCUCGGCGAUGCCCUUCGCCUUCAUAUAGGGAAUGGCUUGGUGUCAAGACAUGAUCUAUGGGUACAAACCAAAUUCUCCCCAUAUGAUAAUGGCUUCUCCAAAGGCACUCGAACAUACGAGAAGCUGGAGGAUAUUGCAAUGCAUGUCCACCAUUCAGUCCCUCUGUCUGUCUUGGAACUGUGGGGCUCGUCCCCAUCCUCACACGAGGGGUCUUCCUCAGCCAGCGCCUCGGAGAUGUAUAUCGACUGUCUGAUAUUACACUCAGUUCUUGAAACAUUGACCGAGACACUUGCUGCAUGGUCUGCGAUGGAGAAUUUUGUCCCCCACCCCGUACGUACUCUUGGUAUCUCCAACAUCUCCUAUGCCCGAUUACGCACUUUAUAUGAUGUCGUGGCGAUCAAACCUCGUGUCGUACAAAACGCCUUUGGUCCAGAGAAUGGCUUUGAUAAUGCAGUUCGUACAUUCAGUCAGGAAAAGGGAAUCCUUUAUCAGGGAUUUUUCAUUAUCAAGAGGAACAAGUCUCUGCUGAAGUCUACGGCAGUGCAGGAAGUCGCGAACACCCUGUGUGUUGACCCUGAACCAGCGCUGAUGAGUUUAGUCGAAUCCAUGGGGGUGUCGGUUAUCUUUGGCAGCUCCAAUGAGGCACAUAUUAAGGAAAAUGCAAAGGCUUUGGCCAGGGUCAAGGCGUAUCGCGACGAAGGUGGCCACGAAUGGUGGAGACGAAUGACAGAGUCCCUCAAACAGACCAUGUACAAUGGCACACAUUGAGAAACUUGAGGCUGGAUUGUAGCUCCACAUAACUGACAC